AGUAAUGACUGCAAAAGUGUAUCAAUCAGAUCAAGAAUUAGAAACGAAGGUUAAAAAAGCAACUGAACGUAUAUCUGAAAAUAUGCAUAUAGUUGCCAAUGAACCAUCUCUUGCAUUUUAUAGACUUCAGGAACAUGUAAGGAAAGCAUUGCCUCCUAUGGUGGAAAAGCGAGUAGAAGUGCUUGCUCUCCAACAACAACUAUUAGGUAGAUGUUAUGACGUAGAAUAUGCUGUAAGUGCUAUUAAGACAAUGCAUGGUGCUGGAAAGAGUUUUGAAAAUACUUUAGAAUUCAUCAAGAAUGCCAUAUUUCUUAAACAACAGUUGAAAUAUGAAGAACAACGUAGACACAAGAAAGAUGGAAAUAGAGAUUCUGUAUAUAAAAGAUUAUCUGCACACAUUCCUACUUUAGAUCAUUUACCAGACGAAAUAUCUGAUGUUGUAAGAGAAACUGCAAAUAGAGUAGAGUCUAUGAUGAAUCAUGCCAGAUAUUCUAAUGAAGUUCAAAAAACAAAUUAA